AAAAUUUAAGUAAAACGUUAGUAUUAUGCAAUUGCUUAAAGGCCUUUGUCUCGCCCGGUGUUUAAUAUUGUGUCGAAGUGAAUUUCAUUUUGUAUUAAGUCGCUAUAUUAUUCACAAGUUUUAAUCUGAAGGCAUGUUAACAAUGAAGGUUAUACUUCUCCUGUUCCUGAUCAGUACAGCAUCAGGCUACCAUAUCCUUUGCAUCAACACCGCGCCCACCAGGAGUCACUACCAACUGAUGAAGGGUAUUGUUGACGCGUUACUGCGAGCUGAUCAUCAGGUGACUUUUAUCACUCCGCUUCCAAAGCAGAAGACCGAGAAGAACCUAACAUUCAUUGAUGCCAGUGUUCUACUCAAAUACGAGGAAGAAAUGAACAAGAACCCUCACAAUAAAUUCGAUAUAAAGAUGAAAAAGAAGUUCGGUAGAGACACUGCCAUUGGUGCUCUGCAGGAAAAGGCAGUAAGAGAAGCUAUUGUAAGCCAUCAGUAUGACGCCGUGGUGACAGAAUGGUUCUUCUCUGAUCUUCAUGCUGGAUAUGCAGCAGUACUACAAGUCCCUUGGAUAAUGCUAUGCGGAACUUUAACCAUACCCACAGAGCAACUAGUUGACUCUGUCAGAUCAGUAUCCACAAUUCCUAAUAUUUAUAACCUGUUCCCUAUACCGAUGAACUUUUGGCAGAGAAUACUUAAUACCUUCUCGUAUCUCAUGAUUACCUUUGACUCUUGGAAAAGCUUCUCCUCGGCGAAAUUUGAUUAUGAAUCUACGUUCGGCCCUCUAGCAACAGAUAGGGGAGUUGCACUACCUCCAUUCGAGGAAGUGUACAAUAACAUAUCCAUCAUGUUCGUGAACUCACAUCCGUUGUUCGCCCCGGCCAGAUCCCAACCGCCUAAUAUCAUCGACAUAGGUGGAUACCAUAUUGAUGAUGAUAUUCCAGCGUUGCCUAAGGAUCUUCAAGCUAUCAUGGACUCAUCACCGCAGAGAGUGAUAUACUUCAGCAUGGGAUCCGUGUUAAGGUCUUCAAUGCUGACGGAGAAAAACAAACAGGGAUUGAUGCAGAUGUUCGCUGAGCUCAAUUAUACAGUGCUGUGGAAGUUUGACGGGCAAGUUGACAAUAUACCGAAGAAUGUUUACGUCAGAUCUUGGAUGCCGCAGACAAGCAUAUUGUCACAUCCGAAUACCAGGGCAUUUAUAACACAUGGAGGACUCCUGAGUUCCUUGGAGGCGUUUAAAUAUGGAGUUCCAAUGCUGGUCAUCCCCGUUUUUGGAGACCAGCCGGCUAAUGCCCACAAGUGUGUUAUGGCUGGAUUGGCGCAAAAAAUAAAAUUUUCCAAUGACAUGGCACCAGAUAUGCGGACUGCUCUAAAGGAAUUGCUUCUAAAUGACAGUUACUACAAGACAGCGAAGACGGUAUCAGCAAUCUUCAACAAGAGACCGGUUCAUACAUCUGCACUCAUCACACAUUAUGUAGAACUGGCCAUUGAGACGAAAGGAGCACAUCAUCUCCGUUCUAAAGCACUGCUGUACACGUGGUAUGAGUUCAUGAUGUUGGAUCAGCUAGUGUUGAUACUUGCUGUUGUAUAUCUGCUGAAGUAUACAGCACAAAGGAUCAUUCGUUCAUUUGGCAGUAAGAAUGAAAAUAUAAAGAAGAACCAGUAGUCAUAACUUUGAUAAUCAAUACGUCUAUACACGGACUAGUAAAAAACUAAGGACUCCAUGUCACCUUAUAUAACAGUCCACUACAGGCCGAUCGGCGGCCAUUAUGAGAAUUGUCAUCAUCUGUGACAGAUCAGUUUGCGUCUCAAUAAAAUAUUUUAAAAAUGCCGUCGUGCUUUGGGAAAAAGUGUAAAAACGAUACUAUAUAAGUAUUUGUGUUAAAAUUGUGUAACUAGUUUCCCCAGUAACCGCACACACACUACCAUAACGGUGCUUCACUUAUUAAUAUGACGGCGCGGAGUCCUUCAUUUUUUACUUGUCCGUGCGUCUAUAACUAUAUUGUCUUUGGUUUAUAAAUAAUUUAAUUAUGCUUCAGGUAACUAAUAAAGUUAACAUUGUGUAAUGUA